AUGGCUUCGGCCAUGCGCCAGCGCAGGAAGCCUUCAAGAAUGACUCUCUCACAUGACGUGGGCAGGUCAGGCCCAGAGAGGAGGACGUCUAAACGCGACGAAGCCGGACCGUUUGCCGGAAUGAAUCAGACGGUUGCGAGAUUACCAGAGAAGAGAAUGCCACGUCAACUCCCUUCUCGACCCAGGAUGUCCGUACGAACCGAGAUCAAGAAACGAACCCAACGAGCGAAGCCUGCCACAGGUGCUGAUGGAGAUCGAGGUGCGACUGCAGGCGUGUCGACGGCGAGCAAAAAGAGCAAAGCGGACAAAGACGACAGACCUACGUUUCACGCCUUGAAGAUGCAACAGAUCCUGGCACCUCUAUCCUACAAUCAGCGAGACAAACUCAAAAUGAAGCUGGAACAGAUACAGUCUUUUGAAGAGCUUGGACUGAUGCCACAAGUCGUUGAUGCUGUGUAUAGUCAGGUCCUGCCCCACUUGAAGGAAUACUCGCCUACCCCUAUACAGAAGCUGGCUAUUCCUGCGCUACUGAGCAAGAAGGGCGAAUACCAGAAACAAAAACUGCCAGAAGAUGCUCCCAAGUACGAUCAGUUCCUCCUCGCUGCUGAAACGGGGUCAGGCAAGACCAUGGCCUAUCUACUACCACUGGUCCACCACGUGAAGGAACAAGAAGAACUCGACCAGAUUGAGGAAGAAGAAACGAAGGCUCGAGAAGCCAAAGAAAGAGAGGAGCGUGCCAAUCGACUUGUCUUUGAAGCCGACCCUUCAGAAACCGAAGGACCCAAGCACCCUAAGAUGGGCAAGCCGCGAGCACUCAUCCUUUUACCGUCCUCCGAAUUGAUCACCCAGGUGACAAAGGUUGUAAAGUCGCUUGGUCACGCUGUCAAGUACAAGUCCGCCGGCAUCUCGUCUGCCAACAGCGCGACGGUGAUUCGAAACCGACUCUUCCAACCCAGUGGGAUUGACAUAGUGGUAUCGUCGCCACACCUGAUCGCCAGCAUCGCCAAGAAGGAACCCGGCAUCCUCUCUCGGAUCCAAUAUCUUGUGAUGGACGAGGCAGACUCCCUCUUCGACCGGUCAUUCAGCGAGACGACUUGCGACAUUAUCGACCGAGCUGCUCCGACACUCAAACAGCUCAUUCUCUGCUCCGCCACUAUUCCCAACUCUCUGGACCGGUUCAUCGACCGCCGGUUCCCACAGUCCAAACGGAUCGUGACGCCCAAACUGCACACGAUCCCUCGCCGCGUGCAACUCGGGGCGGUCGACAUCGACAAGGAACCGUACCGUGGCUCGCGCGACCUGGCGUGUGCCGAUGUCAUCUGGACGCUCGGCAAGGCGGUGCACGAGGACCUCAACCCCCGGAACACAGUGAAGCAUAUCCUUGUCUUCGUCAACGAACGCGAAAAGGCCGAAGAGGUUGCCAAAUUCCUCGCGACCAAGGGCAUCGACGCCGUCGCUUUGACCCGAGACACGACCGAACAGCGACAAGCCGAGAUCCUGUCGACAUUCACGUCCGCGGCUGUGGUCGAGGGUUCCGAGAAGGCUCUUGCCCAACAACAGAAGAAGACCAAACUAUUCAAUGACUUUAUCCCCUUUGACAGUUCCGAGGUGGGAGCCGUCACCGAGGGCGGCGGUGGUGGUCGGCCGACUCGCCAUCUCCCGGACACCAAGGUCCUGGUGACCACGGACCUUGGUUCGCGCGGUGUCGAUACCCUGGCCGUACGGCACGUGGUCCUCUACGACGUUCCUCACACGACCAUCGAUUUUGUCCAUCGGCUAGGCCGCAUGGGCCGAAUGAACCGUCGUGGUAGGGGGAUCGUGUUGAUGGGAAGACACGACAGGAAGGAUAUCAUUCGAGAGGUCCGCGAGGCAAUGCACAAGGGACAAGCGUUGAUUUGA